UACAGAUUACAUUGAGUAUUCCAAAGGAAACUAAAAAGAAAGCCCAGCAUGUUCCCGAUGAGCCCAAUUGCCGGACCGGUGAUCAGCCUGAAGAAGGGUCUCGACCCGAACCGUCGCCCAUUCCUACUCUCCAGAGAUGCUGCCUGUCCCGCUGAGUUACUCCAGCAUUUAGUUGUCUAUUGUCGGUCAGGUGCUGCCCGCGUUGCUCGUCCCUCCCCCAGCUCCGGGACUUGUUGAGGGGGAGUGGUGUAACUCGGCAAUAAAAGCCCACCCGUCCGUCCCUGUGCCGUCGGCUGUUGCGCCCCCUCCGCUAGCAACGCGCCGAGCCGUCGGCUUGGUCGAGGGCUUUCCCAUCGGAGAAGUGAACCGGGUCAUUCAUUCCCUGAGCAGGAAUGAGCCUUGCAUUGAACUCCAGCCUGGACGGGCGCGAUGCUUUCAGUGGGCGUCCGGGGCCAGACCCCGCCGGCAACGAGAGCAUCGCGCUGCGAGAAGCGGCAGAAAACGACCUGGACGUGGACACGGAUGUCUAUUCCAAAGUGGUGGUCACGCUGAUUUACAUCGGCCUCUUCGUGCUGGGUUCGCUCGGGAACUUUAUCACCAUUUAUACUCUGAUGAAGAAGAAUACUCUGCAGCACUUGCAGGGCACCGUGAACUACCACCUGGCCAACCUGGCUCUGUCCGACCUCCUCAUCCUGUUGCUCUGCAUGCCAAUCGAGCUCUACAACUUCAUCUGGGUCCACCACCCCUGGGCCUUCGGCGACGCCGUGUGCCGGGGUUAUUACUUUCUCCGCGACGCCUGCACAUACGCCACGGCUCUCAACAUCAGCAGCCUGAGCGCCGAGCGCUAUAUGGCCAUUUGUCACCCGUUCAAAGCCAAGACCCUCAUGUCCAGCAGCCGCACCAAGAAGCUGAUCUCCCUCAUCUGGCUGUUGUCCUUCCUGCUCGCCACCCCUAUGCUCUUUACUAUGGGAGAGAAAUACGCCAACCCCGUCCCGGAUCCGGAUGAAUUGAUCUGCACCACUAUCGUGGACGAAGUGACUGUCAAAACCGUCAUCCAGGUAAACGCAUUCCUCUCCUUUGUCAUCCCCAUGGUAAUGAUCUCAGUCUUCAACACCAUCAUCGCCAACCAGCUGAUAGCAAUCUUAAAGCAUGCGGCUCCAGAGAGCGGGGUGUGCAUCGUCGAGGGCCAGCAAAACACACUGAGCAUUGUGGUGGAGCCAAGCCGGAUCCAAUCCCUUCGUCAUGGAGUCAAAGUUCUCAGAGCCGUGGUCAUUGCCUUUGUGGUCUGUUGGCUUCCGUAUCACAUACGACGUCUCAUGUUCUGCUAUGUGCCUAAACAUCACUGGACAGAAUUUCUCUAUGAUUUCUAUCAUUACUUCUACAUGGUGACAAACAUCCUCUUCUAUGUCAGCUCAGCCAUCAACCCUAUCCUGUACAACUUGGUCUCUGCAAACUUCAGACAAAAUUUCUUUUCCACCCUCAGCUCCUACUGCCUUCACAGGCAACCAAAGCCCAAGACUCGUGCAAUUAGCAGAAAGUCAAAUAGUAUUUCCAGCAAUCAUACUUACUCCAACGUUCUCACCAAAGAAACAAUGUACUAACUGAUAACAAUUAAAUUCAAAUAGUUAAUGAAGAAAUUCAGAAGAUUGGUAAUUACUGACAUGAAUUUUGGCGAACUAAGAUAUUCUCCAAAUUAUGUAAUUACAUUUUUUCCUAAAUAAUGGGAUGUUAUUAUUAGAAUACAUUUGUACAAUUUCAAAGGCAAUUUCUUGGAGUUUCCAAUCAAUCAGUGUUUUUCUUUUUACAGCAUAGAGCACAUGUGUGUAAAUGAUCACAGGAUUACAGGUGCAAUAGACAGUUGCCAUGGAUUCUGCAAACUUUGCUCAAGUUCAAUAGACAUACACUAAAGCUCUAUUUAUCUGGCAUGCUCAGGACUAGGGUGGUGCUGAUGAGCAGGUAUUUUGGACUAUUGAAUGUAUUCCAACACUUAAUACACUUUCAAUUUAAGACGCAAAGUGCUGGACUAACUCAGUGGGUCAGUCAGCAUCUCCGAAGAAAAAGGAUGCAUGACGUUUCGGGACGGGACCCUUCUUCAGUCUGAAGCCCGACGCAAAUGUAAUUUACUCUUUUUCUCCGGAGGUGUUUGCCUGACCUCAGUUACUCAGCACUUUGUAUCUAUCCACCCAUCACUUGCCAGGAUUUUUCACACCCCCCACUUCUCUACCAGCUUUCUCCCCCUGACUACAGUCAGUCUGAAGAUGGGUUCUGACCCAAAAUGUUGCCUGUCCAUGUUCUCCAGAAAUGCUACCUGACCCGCUGAGAUACUCCAGCACUUUGUG